UAUACUGUUACUAACACAACCGAUUAUCAAUGUUUUCCAGUUAAGGAAACCAUAUUACGAGAGUAUGUUUGAGUAAACUAGUUACUCAUUAAUUGUACAUGUCAUCUAUAUUACGGACCCCACGUGACAUAACAGGAAGCUUGAGAUACACACUAGAUACCUAACCAUCAUUGACUCCGGGCACUCGUGUAUUUAAAGACUUACGGGAAAUCGACCGUCGUUAUUCAGUUAUUUGUGUGUUUCAAGUUUGAGGCGGACGUUACAUAUAAUCAACAUGGACUUCGCUGACAAACAAGGAGGGAAAAGAUAUGGUAAGCUUCGAAAGGAACAGGAAGAUGCACUGGACGAAGUUAACAAGGAUUUUCUGGAGGGAGAUGCAUACAGCGAUGUGGAAGAUUUGGAAGAAAGAUUACAGGAAUACAAAGCUAAAUUUAUGGAAUAUGACCUUGAUAAUUCCGGUGACAUCGAUAUCAUGGAAUUGAAGCAAAUGAUGGAGAAACUAGGACAGGCCAAGACUCACCUAGAGUUAAAGAAAAUGAUUGCGGAAAUCGACACAGAUGGGUCGAACACCAUUAACUACACAGAAUUCCUCAACAUGAUGCUGGGGAAAAAGAAUUCCAUCCUUAAAAUUAUACUGAUGUUUGAAGAAAAAAAUAAGGAAAAAGCCAAGCCGACAGGACUUCCCCCGAAGAAAUCCCUCACAGACCUUCCGUAAAUACCCCGGAAAUACCCGAGUGUGAAUGGUUAACAUAGCUUAGGGUGAAAGACGAUCCUUGGGAAUGUGGUGUAUUGAAUGACUGGGCUUUGUUUUUGUUUCUUUGAGGCGAAUGUUUUUAGUAAAUAAAGUUAAAUCAAAAAUAAA